CCGGCGCUGACGGGGUCGCACGGGGGCCGGGCUCCGCCAGCGCCCCUUUGUGGCCGAGGGGUGGCAGCGCGUGCGGGGCACAGGCCCGGGGGCAGCAGGGACACAGCCGGGGGGCACGGCGGCAGGCCUGGGGGAGACCGAGGCCAGCGUGGGGGACCCCGAGAGCACCCGCCCGAAGCAGGCUACCCCAGAGACGAGGCGCGGCCGGGCCCUCCUGGCCCCCUGCACGAGUCCGUGGGCGUCCCGGACGCCCUCCUCCGCCGUGGGAAACGAGCCUCCAGAGCCCGAUGGCGGAGCGGGACCUGCCCUGGGCCCCGGGGCCCCGUCAGCGCCCCUGCCCCUCCUCGCAGCCUCACACGCGUCCCGGCUGACGCCGAGGCUCAUGCCUUCUUUGCUGCCGCCUUCUUGGCGCCUGUAUUAGUCAAGGUUCUCCAGGGAAACAGAACCGACGCAUGUACAGAGAGAGACUGUUUUUCAGGCAUUGGCUGACGCCAUUGUGGGGACUGGCAGGUCCAAAAUCUGCAGGGUGUGCCGCCUGCUGCAGGCCCAGGGAAGAACCUGGAGGCAGGCAGACGCCCCUCUCGCUGAAGGGAGCUGCCUUUUCUCUAGUCCCUUUACUGACUAGAUGAGCCCCACCUGCGUGGUGGAGGGUAUCGGACUUUACUGCAAGCCUACCGUCCUAAACGUUAAUCUCAUCUAAAAUGUACUUUCACAGCGACAUGUGACUAUAACCAAAUAAUUGUCCAGUUAUCUGGGCCCCGUGCCCAGCCCAGUUGACACCUGAAAUGGACCAUCACAGCACCCAAUCCAGAAAAGCUCCCGUAGAUGGUCUCUGGGACUUCACCUACGGCAGGAGAACAUGCUGGCCUAGAGUGCCUCACUCAAGCUGCCUGCCGACCUUCCCCCGGCCCUGGCUGAGGAUGGACCCGGGAGACCCCUCUGGAGACCCAGUUGGUGAUGCCGCUGGUACCCCUGCUGAUGGCCAGGACCCGCUCCUGUUCCUGCAGGCCCUGAGGACGCUGUGGUCCACGCGGGAGUGGCAGCAGCUCCGGGAAGAGGCCUGGCGAGGGUUUGCUGCUCUGCGUGACCCGCGCGCAGGACUCCUGGCCAUGCUGGAGAGCAGCCAGGGUCGGCAGGGGACGGGCCCCACCCUAGAGGUGUGGGUCGCCUGUGAGCUCAGCUGCUGGCUGCAGGCUCGGCCAUGCCCAGGGCUGGCCCAGGGCAGCCCAGGGUUGAAGCAGCUGCAAGCCCGUGCAGUCAGGGUCCUCGCCAAGAGCACCCCCCGUCUUGUGGAGCCUCUGGUCAGCAUCUUCCAGCUGCAGGACGCAGAGCGGAGGCCCCUGCUGGCACACAUCCACCAGCUCCACCAGGAUGGCAAGUUCAAAGAGGCUGUCAUGCUGGGCACGAAGCUGCAGCCAGAGCUGGAUGUUGAAAAGAUGUGCACCCUGCUGCUCCUCCAAGACAAGGCGAGUCUCGUGGAGCGCUACGUGGCUGGUUUCCCGGACCUCCAGAGGAUGCUGCUGGCUCUCAUGGACUCCUGGUGCUGGCCGGGCUUUGACAUCAGAACUGUCUCCAGACGGCUCCUGCAGGUGACCCCCCGGAGGCUGGAGAAGCUGAGCCCCAGGGCACUGACACGGCAGGUCCUGGGCCUGCGGGAGAAGUACGGCCUGGACCCCGCGCUGUGUCCCAAUGCUGCCACCCAGCAGCGCCUGGCAGCCCUUCGGUUCCUGUGUUGCAAGCGGUUUGUGGAGAGAACCAUGUCUCAGGAGAACUGGGCUGACUGCGUGCAGGGCCUGGUGGGGCAGAGCCCGUGGCUGCAGGAGCAGCUGGUGCAGCUGCUGGCCUCUCACGGGGACAUGGCCACGGCCGUCCACUGUGCUCCGGACCUCUCCCUGCCCAAGGGGCGGCUGCCAGCCACGGUGGCUGCAGAGCUCAGCUGCCUUAGGCUGCAGGAGAGCGCUCUCUGCCCCUCAAGGCCAGAGGCGCUGGGGGGCACCAGGGACAGUGUGGGGGCACGAGUGCAGGGGUGCUGCAGCUCUGCUCCUCCCAGGCCAGCUGGAGGGCCUUCUGCGGACAGGACGGAUGGUCACUACCAGCUGCCCAUCGCCAGGAGAGACAUCCACUUCCUGGCCUCCUGGGGGGACCUGGCCAGCCACGAGGAGGAGCUCCUGCAGCCUGGCCGGGUGGUUGGUGUGGACGUGGAGUGGAGGCCCUCCUUUGGCAUGGGGGGCCGGCCCCGGCCGUCGCUCAUGCAGCUGGCAGUAGAGGGCCAUGUGUUCCUGCUGGACCUGCCCGUGUUCUUGGAGCCCGCAGGAGGGCUGGUGACGCAGGCCUUCUCCCAGCUGGUGUCCCGGCUGCUCUUGGACCCCUCCAUCACCAAGCUGGGUUAUGGGAUGACAGGGGACCUUCGGAGCCUGGGCACCUCCUGCCCUGCCCUGGCCCAUGUGGAGAAGCAGCUGCAGGGUGGCCUGGACCUGCUGCAGGUGCACAGGCAGAUGCGGAUGGCAGAUGAGCCUGUCCGAGGUGUGGCUAGGGCCGGGGGGCCUCGGGGCCUCAGCCUCCUGGUGCAGCAGGUGCUGGGCAAGCCUCUGGACAAGACACAGCAGCUCUCUAACUGGGACCGACGGCCACUAAGCGAGGAGCAGCUGGUCUAUGCAGCCGCCGAUGCCUACUGCCUGUUGGAGGUAUACCAAGCUCUGUGCAGGGAGCCUGCCCGCUUCCUCCUGUUGGACAACCUGGCCAGGAGCCCAAGGCCUGGGCACAGCAAGAGAUCUGGAGCCGGGGAACUGCCCGGCUGGCAGGAGGCCUCAGCUCCAGCUCUCCAGGUGCCCGUGGCCAAGGGUGAGGGCACUGCCCCUGCGGUGCCGGCCAGGGCCUUCCGUGUGGUGUGCGACAACAUGCUGCAGGGGCUGGCACGGAGCCUCCGCUGUCUGGGCGUCGACACACUCAUGCUGGGCACCGGCGAGGACCACCGCAGAGCGGCCGAGGUUGCCAGGCAGGAGGAAAGGGUCAUCCUGACGUCAGGGCUGCCAUACCACAAGCUCCGGGCCCAGGUCGGGGCUGGGCGCUGCCUCCAGGUGGACUGCUCCCUCAAGGCACGGCAGCAGGCAAAGGCUGUGCUCAGGCAUUUCAACGUGCACGUCACCCACGCAGACAUCUUCAGCCGCUGCCAGGCCUGUAACUGUGACCAGUACCUGAAGGUCUCCAAGAACCUGAUGAGGCAGCUCAUGUGGCCCAGCGGACACCAGGAAGGCCCCAGCAGCAUAGGCCAGAGAAGGGGACAGCCCUGGGCAGCGCUCAGCCCUCCGCAGCAUGGCCUGGACGUGUUCAAGGCCCAGGACAGGAGCAGACCGAGAGCAGUGCCCUCCACAGGGCCGCCGGGCUCCAGCCCCAAGGAGCCUCGCCCUUGCCCCGAGGCUGCAGUCGUCCUAUGCUGGGGGUUCUCUGGUGUCUUGGGGGGCCUCCCAGCAAGGGCUGCAGCCAGACCAGCUGGGGUGAGGCUGGGUGGCCAGAUGGAGGUCACGGCCUCACUGGGCUGCAGGAGGCAGUGGGCCUGGUGUGGGGGCCUCAUCCAUUCAGACCCUGGCUGCAGUUAAUAUGGAGCCAUCUGUGGAGAAAUGUUUGCCAAGAAAAUUAGGAGGUCAGCAGUGUGGGCAGGAUGCUUCCCCCACCUGCCAGCCCUGCCCUCAGCCAUCUCUUCCCUCAGCCCCACCCCGACCCCUGGGCUGCCACCAGCCUGGCUGACUCCCUGUGCUCUCGGUGGGGCUGGGACUCUCUCCAGGGUCAGAAGAAGGCCACCCCCAGAGUCUCGUGGCACCCUGAGCUCCAGCAGGCCCCCCAGCUCCCCACCCACCCUGGUGGGUUCUGAAACAACUCCCUGGCAGAGGGCUUAUCUGCUCAUCACCACAGACGGGCCGCCCCCGCCACUGCCCUCCCCCGGCCCGCUAGCUCUCAGGCCCCCACCGCCCUAAUCAGCCGAUCUCUCGCCCAAAGCAUGUUUCCCAAGGACCUUUGAGCCCCAAGAAUGUUCCAAGGUGUGAGUUCCCAUGGGAGGGGACCUGGCUGGCACCGCAGCUUCUCAGCCCCUUGCCCUUUGUCCCCUCCCCUGGGGGUAGCAGAGAGGCCGGGACUUGGAGGUGCACUGGGGCUGCAGGGCCCCAUCCUUAUGAUAGUCCCUGACACCCUUGAU